CCUGGUCUAAAUGUUUGCUCACUGAUUCAUGUAUAAACUGAUUAAUUCAUAUGAAAACUGGCAGAUUUAUUGAUUGAUACACAAUAUGCACAGUACACAGUCAUUGUAUACAAAUGGAUCAACAUUGCACAAGUAUAGAUUAUUUUCUGAUCCUGUUUACACAUUAGAAAUGCACAUUUUAAUAACUGUUAAUAGCAGAAGCAUAUGAUUUUAUCCGUCCAAUCUCGUUUGCUGAUGUACAGCAACACUAAAUCAAAAACAUAUUCCUUAAUAUAUAUAUAUCAUAAACACUUAAAUCAUUAAAAUACUCAGCCACGGUGCUUUAUCUGAUCCCAUUUCUGAAUCAGAAUCACAAUGCUUCAAUGUCACGUUUAAGUGAGCAUUUCAGUAACAAUCCAAUCAUGCAUUAUCAUUUGAACCCCGCAGGUGUCACUGAAUAAGCAUCUAACACAUGCUUACUGUGGCGCUUUGUUCCGGUCACGUGACUAACAAACCUAUGACGCCAGACGUUCUCCACAGCGACGACAUAAAGACGCCAUUACCGUUGCCUUCGCUUGACCUUUUCUUCACGACCGCGAUUAAAAUUAUUUGUUGAUAAAACAAUUGUCAUACGAAUCACAUCAAGAACGCAUUUGAGCUAGAACGGUGCUGAGGUUAUUCGGUCUGACUAGAAAGGCAGACAAAAGAAGUCACGGGGCUCACCGCGAAAUCUCACGGGCUCCGAGUCCAGAAUGCGAAAAUAAUUACGUUAGGUACAAAAUGGCGAAUGUUCGCUUCUCUUCGACAUGCGCAGACUGAGCAGAGGCUUUCCCUCUGAAAUGAAGCUCCGUUCCCAUACAUCCUUUCAGCCAAUGAGCUUCGCAGUCGGGGCGCUUCUGAGUCAAUUCAACCAAUCAAAGCCGUGGACACCGCAGAACAGGAAACAUGUAGCCAAUCGGAGACCAGGAUGGAUUUGUUGUAUUUGUAAAGAGUGAGAAUCAAAGAGCACCAAUGAGAAAGCGUAAUUCGCAGCGCCGCUUUCGUACUCAGCAAUCCGGUUACGCGCUUCAGUUUAGCCAAUAGAAUUUUGCUUAGCGGACAGCCAAUCGCAAUGCUCGGAAUUUGCCCACAGUGGCCCCGGCAGCCAAUAGGGAUUCGAGAAACACAACCUCAGCUCAACAGCUUGUUAUUUCGUCUAUGCCUUUGCAACCUGGUCGAAUGCAGAGCUGAAGCAGUCAUAUAGGAGCAUCAGUCAAAACCAAUCGAGCUGGACUCCCUCAAAUAGCCAUCAAGAUGAAGGUAGCAGAUGAACCUGCCUACCUGACUGUAGGGACGGAUGUGAGCGCGAAGUACCGUGGUGCCUUCUGUGAGGCAAAAAUCAAGACUGUUAAACGCAUGGUGAAAGUUAAGGUUGUGCUUAAAGGAGAAAGCACCUCACAAGUUGUCCAAGAUGACCAAGUCAAAGGACCCUUAAGGGUUGGCUCAACAGUAGAAGUGAAGAGCCCGGAGGGUAGACUUAGCGAAGCUGUCAUCAGUAAACUCACAGAUGCCAGCUGGUACACUGUUGUGUUUGAUGAUGGAGAUGAGAAAACCCUCAGAAGAACUUCACUGUGUCUUAAAGGCGAAAGACAUUUUGCAGAGAGUGAGACUUUGGACCAACUGCCCCUAACUAACCCUGAGCACUUUGGCACUCCAGUCAUUGGAAAGAAGACAAAUCGAGGUAGAAGGUCUUCUCAGGCAGUUGCAGAAGAUGAAAAGGAGUCUUCAUCGAGUGAAGAUGAUGACGAUGAUAGGAGGAGGCUUAACGAUGAUCUUUUGGGGAAAGUUGCCUGCGUUCAGAUUGGCUCCGAUAGUGAUUCCUGGCACUAUGUCCUGGUGAUAUCUCCAAGCUGCAAUGAUGACCUAACUGUCAAAAAGGACCAAUGUUUAGCGCGAUCAUUUGCAGAUUCCAAAUUUCACACAGUGGCACGCAAAGAUGUUCAGGAAGUAAACAUUGGCACCCUCUCCAAACCUGAGAGCUCCAACAGGAAAGGGUUUGAAGCAGCACAGCACUUUCUACAGUCCAGACUGGUCCCUGACAAUUGGAAAGUGGACUUGAGUGAGAUUCUUGAAUCCUCUAGCAGUGAUGAAGAAGACAAUGAUGAGGAUGGUGAAGGAAAAGAGGGCGAAGCGGAGGAGAAGGAGCCAGAACCAGAUGAACCUGAUGAUGAGCCAGACCCAGAAGAAAGGGACCACUUUCUACAGCAGCUUUACAAGUUCAUGGAGGACCGAGGGACGCCAAUUAACAAACCUCCAGUGCUUGGCUACAAGGAUCUCAACCUCUUCAAGCUCUUCCGACUGGUGCAUAUUCACGGAGGCUGUGACAAUAUUGAAAGCGGCUCUAUUUGGAAACAGAUCUACAUGGAUCUUGGCAUCCCGGUUCUGAACUCUGCUGCCUCGUACAAUGUGAAAACAGCCUACAGAAAGUACCUGUAUGGAUUUGAGGAGUACUGCCGUUCUGCUCAGAUCCAGUUCAGGACGGUGCACCACAACGAGCCACGACCAGACCGCCAGCCGGAAGUGCAGUGCGUUAAGACUGUGAAAAAAGAGAGCGGAGACACAGAUGAGAUGAUGCAGCAGGUUACAGCAGAGCCUGAAACUAGCGAGGACAAACCUGCGGCAGAUGCUGAUGAGUCAGAUGCUGAGAGCGAAAAGGGACACAAAGAUAUCUGCUCGCCCAGGGGCCGGCGGCGGUGUACAGUGACCCCUGUGAAAAUAGAGGCGAAAGAGCCUGUGAAACAGGAAAAACCAAAAGAGGAGAAGAAUAAGGAGGAGACACAGGGCGGAGGAGAAAACAGUGGAGAGGAGCAAAAGGAGAAAUCUGAUGGGGAGACCCCUGGGAAACGCCGCAGCCGUCGCCUUGAGGAGUCUGAUAAAGAUACUGAUGAUGAAGAACAGGAGGAGGAUGACGAAGAGGAAGACGAUGGCGAGAGAUCCAGACUCAGGGACAGAGAUGAGAGGGAGGAGGAUGACGGCUGUGAGGACUCUGAGCAUUCUGUGACUGGCACUAAAGUCAAAGUGAAAUACGGCAAGGGGAAGACACAGAAGAUCUAUGAAGCUAACAUUAAGAACACAGAAACCGAUGAUGGAGAGGUUCUGUACCUGGUGCAUUAUUACGGCUGGAAUGUGAGAUAUGAUGAAUGGGUCAAGGCAGAUCGAAUAAUAUGGCCUGUUGAUAAGGGUGGAACAAAGAGAAAACAAAAGAAAAAAGUCAAGAAUAAAGAAGAUGGAGAGAAGGAGAAAGAGGAGGAUAAACAGGCCAAACAAGGGAUACGGCGAGGCCGUCCUCCACUCAAAUCCACCCCUCCCAGCACUUCCCACAGUGUGUCCAAGACCCCCAGCAGUGAGGGUCGAUCCAGCAGCAAGAACUCACGGCCCACAGAUGCCUCUGCCCUGCCAAAUGGAGAGGGUACACCUCGUCGGAGAACGAGGAGAACUUCUGGGAUGUAUGAUUCAGAUAGAGGAUCUAAUGAUUCAGGGAACUCCUCAGAUGAUAGUGAGUGCGAGGAAUCUCCUGAGAAGAAGCUAGAAUGGACUGAGACAACCGAUCCACCCCUGACAGCAAAACAAGAUGCAGCUGAGAAUCUCCCAGAGGAGAGCACAAUGCCAGAACUUGCGCAGACUGAGCCUGAACUUCCCAGCAGCCCUCAGGAGAUGCCCAACUUCAAGGAGAGUGAGAGCAAACCCGAGGAAGACACAUCCCUGCUCCCUGUUGAGUCUGAUGACACAUCUCCAAAACCAAGAGCGAAGAAGCCUCGUUUGAAAGAACCAGGAUCAGAGACUCCCACACAAACACCCGCUGCUGCUAAUCACACCGAAACAGAGGAACCCUCCACUCCUCCGCGACCUGUGAAGAAAUCCCAGGAAACGCCACACAGCAGUCCUGUAGAGAGAAUAAAGCUGGUGGAGACAGCCGGCUCAGACACAGACUCUGCAACAGAGGACAUCGGCCCGCCAGAGCGAUGCACAGCAGUGAAACGCAAAGUCACUGAACAGCGAACACCGGAAAAGAAAAUCCGCCUGGACAGAAAAGAAGAACCCAAAAUGCCUUCUCCAGUUAAAACACCGCUGCUGGAGAAGAAACCUGAACCUGAGAAGAAGACAGAGGUGGUGCAGAAACCAGAAGAACACCCUUCUCCAACACUAUCAUCUCCCAGUAAAGAUAUCGAGAUGAAAUCUGAGAUGCCCGCUCUUACCAGAGAGGUACACCUCAUGGUGGAACCUCCUUGUCCACAGCUGGAGGAUCCAACAACAACCUCAAAUGAGGAACUGAUGCCACAAAUCGGCCCCGAGGCGCUAGUCUGCCAUGAAGUGGACCUUGACGAUCCAGAGGAGAAAGACCGGCCCUCUGGUGAAGAGUUACUGAUGAUGAUGAAAGAAGAGAAAACACAGCCUCUGGAGACUUCCAACCAACUCCCUCAUGUCCUGCCUGCAGUGGGACCUCCACGUCUGUUUUCUCCGUCUUCUGCCCCCAGCCCGGACGAAUCCCACAGCACUAAGAGUGAGAGCGACGCCACCAUCGAAGUGGACAGUGUGGCAGAAUCACAGGAGGGGCUCGGGGAGAACGAGUCAACUCAUAGCUUUGAUGCUAGUGCAAGUUCAAGCAAUUCCAGCAUCUCACUGCAGGAUCGAGAUGGAAAGGACAGAGGUCAGAAGAGGUUAUUGGAUUGUACUACUGGCUCUUCGGCCAAGAAGCAAAAACGCAGCCAGAAACGUUCAAGCGGAGUAUGUAAAACAGAGAAGAAUGGAGCCGGACACAGUAGCGACAGUGAGGACCUGUCAGCCAUGGACAGCUCUAAUAAGCUAACCCCAGUCAAGCACUCCAGCCUAUCCAAGAGCCAGAAGCUUUCUCGGUCACCCGGUCUGGUUUCUCCCAACAGUAAAGACAUGGAGAAAGACAAGCACAAAGAGAAGCAGUCCGUCCCUUCCCCCCGCACAUAUAAGUGGUCCUGCCAGCUGACUGAGCUGGACAACAUGACAAGUGCUGAGCGUAUUUCAUUCUUGCAAGAGAAGCUACAGGAAAUCAGGAAGUACUACAUGUCACUCAAGUCUGAGGUGGCUUCCAUCGACAGGAGGCGGAAAAGGUUAAAAAAGAAGGAAAGAGAAGUGUCCCACACCACGGCGUCCACAUCAUCAGGCUCGUCCGACACAGGCAUGAGCCCGUCUUCAGCUUCCCCCACGCAGAACACUGUGGCCGUCGAGUGCAGGUGAUGUCACGCCCAUGUCCUCUGCCCCGCUCCGCCUCUGCCUUGUCAGCAUCCUGCUGCCUCCACGGAGACACACUGGCAUACUGACGGAUCAGAGCAAGCAGCCAAUAGCACUCGACUGCCCACCGUCUCCACUGAUCCCUAUUGGCCACUCCCACCUUCUGCACUUUGUAAACUGAUCCUGCCUCCUUUCGCUCGCUGUCGCACUAGGAUAAAGACUCCACGUGAGGGUUGAAUGUAAUCUAUGAAAUCAAAGCUUAUGAUUUAUCCAUCCAGAAUGAAAACGACAGCACUUUUCACUUUGCUCUCUACAAAACGCUAAACAGAAACCUCCUCUUACUGCUUCUGCGCAGCAGGGACUGAAUUUGGAUGCAGUAGUCAAUCAGUUGUACGUUCCUCUAUCAGAACAUGGUAAGAACAUCGUCUCAGAUCCCUAGGUAAUGGUCACCUUAACCAGCUGGACAUGGUUAUUCAAAGAAAGGUCAAUUGUAGUGCGCUUGUUCCAUCAGAACUGCCAAAGUACACGUGUUACAGCAGAGUGCCCUAUUUUGGAAAAGUAGGACAAAGUCAAUUGCAAACGGGAAUGUAGUUUACUGAAAACUGCAGCCGGCGUCUUCCACUUCUAUCUUAGUAUGCGAGCACAGAGAAUUAUGCAAAACCUAUUUUUGUUGUCUCUUUUUAAGAAAAUGAAAACUAAAAAAAAAAAACUACAGAACAUGUUUACAGUGGAACACGAGAUCAAACUGUUUUCAGUGGACUAAUUUCCUUUGCAAGUGUAUUUUGUCUUUUUAUAUGUAAUUGCAGAGUUUUUAUUUUAGUAUGGAAAAUUUCAAAAAAGUAUAUAUCACAGCCGCGAAGUUAUUUAAUGAAAGAUUUCUAGAGCUGAAAUUUUUGUGUAAAUUAAAGGUAUUAUCUUGCAACUUGUUAAAUAUAUUUAUUCAGUCCGUGGACAGCGUUUUUGUAUUUUUUACAAGAUGAGAAUCACAAUCGUCCCACGUUCGGUCAGUGGGGUAGAAAGAAUGAGAAUUUUGUCGGGUCGUCUUGAACCCUUGAAUGUGACGUCACAAUUUGGGUAACUACUGUGCAGUAAACCGCAUCUUCCCCCGUUUUGUACCUCCAUUUGGGCCCGAAGCUCCCCUGAUGGAACACCAGAAAUCGGUGACCUGCUUUUUCCUCCCCAUUCUUGAUUAUUUUACAUCGUCUGGUACUUUAUAAUUGAAUCCUUAAUUCUCAUUUUCAUUUUGAGUUCUUGACCAAUUGAAUAAAUGAGUUGCUACUCACACGAGUUUAAGCCCAGGGGUUUCUUACUGAUUGUUCCUUUUGUAAAUAGAUCUUUCAAAAACCAUGUAUUUGAAAAAUACAUUUUACACACACUGUACAAAUGAUUUAUUAUUUUUUAAACCGUACAUCUUUGUAUAUUGAUUUUCCUUUUCUAUGUCAAGUUGGUAGAAGCAUUAGCACAUCUUUAGACUGUGUGUGUAUAUACUCAACCAUUUAGGAACCUAAACCCAAGCUGUCUAGAGUGAUGACCCAUAAGUCUAUGUUGAACAUUUUAUGCUGUAGGCAUCGAUUAAUUCACUGCAAUGAUGAAAUUGUGAAAACUCGCUUCCCUGUGACUUCAGUUUAUUUACAGAUUCCUGGAUGAAGAAAUGAAGGCAUUAGGUUCCUGAGCAAAGCCAUUGUAUCUUUAUGUAAAAUAAGAAGAGGUCUUCUCAUUUCUAAUAAAGUUUUGAAAUAUUCAGAAA